UUUUCAGAAAAAGCAACAAACGGCCGCCGUGUUUUCGCUAAAUUUCAGGUGCCUCAAAUCGAUUUUUUAAACAAAACCUCAAGAAAUACUCAAAAACCAAAAUAACUGCUGGCAAAAUGGACGCUUUACAAGACGAGGUGGAGUCGCUGGAAGCCAUUCUAAUGGACGAUGUUCAUAUUAAACGCACGCCCAGCGGCGAGGUGGAGCAGAUUGAGACCACAGUGCUGCCUUUGACCGGCGAUGAGGAGGAGCAGCAGUACGUGUGCGUCACUUUGCAGGUGCAGCCGACGCCAGGAUAUCCGGAGGAAAGUCCCAUAUUCAAGCUGCUGCGUCCGCGUGGAUUAGACGAUGCACGUUUGGAGGCCAUCCGCAGCGCCUGCAAUGCCAAAAUCAAGGAGUCGCUGGGUUUCCCAGUGGUCUUCGACCUAAUAGAGGUAGUGCGGGAGCACCUGACUGGUAGCAAUCUGCCCAGUGGACAGUGCGUGGUCUGUCUUUAUGGAUUUGCGGACGGCGACGAGUUCACCCGUACCGAGUGCUUUCACUACCUGCACAGUUACUGCCUGGCCCGCCAUCUUAACGCCCUGCGCCGCAACUACCAGGAGGAGUUCGACAAACUGCCCGCCUGGUUGCAAAAGACGGCCGAUCCCUUCCAGGCCCUGUGCCCCGUCUGCCGAGAGCACAUCGGCGACGAGACAGACAGCCUCAAGUGCGCAAUGCCGCCGUCGGAACUUCUCAAUGCACCAGACUUCAAGGUGACCGAGGAGCUCCGUCAGAUGCAGCAGCGCAUGUCGGAGUUGUAUUUGCAGCAGAAAAGCCGCGGCGCUAUCAUCGAUGUGAAGAGCGAGGGAUCGGCCGUGAUUUCAAUCGAGACCGAGGAGGAUAUCAGACGUCGGCGGGGUCGCGAGGAGGCAGAAGCAGCCAAGAAGCUAGAAGGACCGGCCAAGGAGGAGGCACUCAAGCCCACCACUAGUACCACAUUUGUGCCAGUGGUGCAGGAGACCCAGCGCAUCAUGCCAGAGCCGACCAACAAUAACUAUUACCACAAUCGGCGGCACUAUCGCGGCGGCAGACGGCACCAUCAUCACCAGCACGGUCACCAUCAUCGAGCCGAAAGGGAUCGCGAGCAGAACGCUGCUGCAGCCACUGCCGGUAGCUCAACAUCGAAUACAGGCAACGGGAAACAGGCAAAGGCUCAGUCGGCCAGCUCCGGGCUUGCCAGGUGACGAUGGCUCCCGGAUGAGAUGGGAAUCCGGAUACCCAUAGCGUUGCCAUGCUGCUAAUACACAAUGAAGUACCAUCCCAAACGACCCAGCUUUAGUUUUGUGAGGCGCACACGUUUCUGUGAAUUUUUAUGUUCGUAUGUUCGUAUAUAUUUAUGUUUAGUUAGCUUUAGCGAGCCGGGUUAGCUAAUUUCGAUUUUAUUGACGAUGAUAUUUAGUUGUACUUUAAUUAUAAUGAUAUUUGCAAUGAUUUACAAAAGACUUGCGGCACCAUGCCGAGCCGAUAUUAGUAGGGCCUUUAAUAGGUAACGCGUAGAACACAUGUAUUGAGCAGCAUCAACUGGCAGCGCUGGCGUUGACGAGAUUACACCAUAACUUUGCAAAGCUCGAAGAGACGACGGUAUUGAUAUUCACUUACGUAUAAUCUGCAACCGCACUUUAAAAAUUAGAAUAAAUAAUUCUCCAUCUGGCGGCCUAUAGCACAAAAAUCGAACUUGAACUUAACGAUUCAAGUUGGAGCGGCAUUUCUAGUCAGUGAGUGGAGUUAAGGAGGCGGGAGGGGAGGAGGAAGGAACCCGAUACAGGGCAUCUGCAUUAGCAUGCAUGCACACAUAUUUAAAUAUCACAAUUAAUUGAGUGUUUGUAGUGAUCCACAUGGAUCGUCCAUGGUAUUAUAUCGAAAAUUCAAUUUCAAUGUGUCAAAUAAAUACUACGAUUGAGAACUUUAAUGAAUAAAUCAAAUUCGGAAAUCAA